GGUGAGUGCCCUCAAGCCACAGAAGGUUAUAUGGAAAAGGCUGUGAAUGAUUACCUCGGUCGAGCAGAAUUAAUCAAAAAGAAGGUCCCUCGAGUACCGGUGCUAGACCAGCAGAUUCAUAUCAGUCAUGGUCAGGAGUAUGGUGUCAUUUGUUUAAUUCAGGUCCAGAAUUUCAUGAUGUUUUGCGAAUUUUUCAUCGAGAAAGCACCGAAUUUGAGAAAAAUACGUUUGCGCACGCGUUACAACUCCGAAGCAGAAGAGCACCUUAAGCAAUUACAAUUGAGCAUGGAAAAAUUCGGCGUGGAGCUGGUUGUUCAAUUCGAUGAUGACUUGCAUGAUCGCGAAUUCAGGCACGUCACUUUCAAGUGCGCCGUUCAGUCACAGGCAGAGGGAGUUUCGACUUUUGACUUGAUUGACCCAUUCACGGCAAGAUCCUCUACUGAUUUGUACAUCAUGUUUGACAACGGCUGGCUAGUGAAAAUUGGACGUGGUCUAAGUUAUUUUCAAAAAACUGAAAGUUUUUCAAUUGGAAAAUUCAACACGAAUUUACGAAAAUGCCUGGAAACAUCUGUUGAUAUUUUCCGUAUGGAACUACAGCGUUGA